AGUAUGUACACACCAGCAACAUCAUCACCAUCAUCAUCAUACAAAAUAUCUGCCAGCAUUCAUCAUGUCUUUCACGAAAUUCAACAGGCUUCCUGUAGAACUACAGUGGGAGAUUUAGGAAGUCGCCGCGUACAGUCACUUGGAAGAACCAACCGCCCACUUCACUGAGUUCUGGGGCACCAUCGGAGUUGCGCAUUUGCGGCUUAAAGUCACUUCGAACGAAGGCCUCAGUGAGCCCCUAAAGCCGCCGGGAAUAUAUGCAGCAUUGAUGGGGACCUGUAGGAUCUCACAGGCAAUCAUGAGGAGAAUUGCACAUAUGUGGAGGCCCCGCAACUCACUGUCUCUUCAUUAUAUGCAGAGUAAUACGAUCCAUCACUAUGCUCAUAUGCACUUCCAGGUACCUCCCAGAACAUGGGCAGGAGCAGCUAGCGAGUCAAUUGAUGCCUCUAAUGACCUUAUCAUCGUCUGUAGACCUUCCGCUUCCGCGGCGUGGACAACAUUCCCCAGAGUCGAGUCUAUCGGCGCUCUUUAUGAAUACGACCCUCCAAACCACACUUUGCAGUGGCCUUACAUUGCCUCCACCACCCUUGGAGGUCCGACAGCACUUUUACACCGAUUCCCCCGACUUCGCGUCCUGUACAUCCUUGUCAAUCCCCAAGAUACCAUUGAGCGGAUGGUCGGCCCGCCACAGUUCACCGAGUGCAUGACGGAUUACCAUUGGGCUUACACACAGACCGUGGAUAAGGUCCCUCCCAAGAAGUUCCAUGCUCGCCAGAGGAUUUACUACGAACUGCCCAAAGCAAUCACCAAAACAAUGUGUAGGGGCUUGGAACGGGCGAUCCACGAGGUGAGGGAGGCUUCUAUUCAGAUGCGAUAGGACACAGAAUUGCCCCCGCUUGUUAUCCGGGUCAUGACGUGGAAAGAUGCUCGAGGAGUUCGAGGGCGCUUCGAUCUCGGCUGAAAGUCUUCCCAGCAAAAAGGUAUUGGAACAAUAAAGUAUUCAUGUUUACAAUUGCCAAAGUUUAGGUGAGGUUUAUAAAAAUAACCAUAGAUCUUGGGGCUGCUUUGAAAGAUUUAAUAAGUGAGGCCUAAACUUCGUAAACUCAUCAUAACUUCAAGAAAUUUCUCCUAAACUUGGGUAAUU